AUGACCCCACCCCACUACCCCCUCGUCGGCACCGGCCACAUUGACAAGGCCGCCAUCAUCAGCGCUGCCGGCGACAGCACCUGGGCCUCAUCCGCCGGCUUCACGCUCCAACCGGCCGAGAUGAAGAACCUCGUCAACAUCCUGAACAGCACUGGUGAUGCCGUCGACAAGGCUCACGCCGAGGGAAUUCACGUUGCUGGAGAGCGGUAUGUCGUCACCCGCAUUGAGGAGCGGAGUGUCUACGCACGACAGGGUAAGACCGGUAUCGCUGUCGUCAAGACGAAGCAGGCCAUCUUGGUGGGACACUACGGCGAGAACGUGCAAGCCGGAAAUGCAACACAGACCGUCGAGGCGCUGGCAGACUACCUCAUCAAGGUCGGCUACUAG